GGCAGUAAAGAGAUUCAGGAUAACGGUGCUGCCUGUGACAUAUUUAGCUGUGUCGUCGCUCGGUGUAAGGUAAUCCACAGGCGCUGUCCAACAUGGUGGUGGUGGUGGCGUACGAACGCGACCGUAACGAUACGCAAUGAAGGAGAUGUCCGCCGGAGUUAGCAAGCAUAGCACACAUUACAAACACAACAGGAUCCCAAACUCUGGUCCACAUUUACCCAAGGAAGCGAGUAAAACUUGUGAAACCGUAAAUACGCAUCGCUGUGUUUUAAAACAAAAAUGGUUGUUUACCUAUGUUAAUGCACAGCGUGCUGUUGCCUUGGACACCACACGAUGGAACCAUUGUUCUUCUGGCAAGUUAACUGCACUGUCAUCGUGUCAGCAGGGACGAUUUAUAUUAGUCCUUAGAUGAAGAUUUCCGGCUUUUUAUUUGAUUAAAUAGUAAAUUAUAAUUCUUAUUGUCGACGUUAUUAAAUUAGGACUAUUGCGCGCGCCUGUAGAAACUUCUACGGACUCGGAAACAGGUGGAUUGCGUCUGGACGUUGGACCCAGGAGAAAGUGAGUGUGUGUAUCGAGUCGUGCUCGUGUACCGGAGGCCAACGAACGAACGAACCGUCGGCUGUGAGCUGUGAGCUGUGACCAUGGGUGUCUGGAGCGUGACUCUCCAACUCGUCCUCCUGCUGGGCUACGCGUCCGCGGGACUGAACGGACCGAGAGCCCCGGUGUUCCUGGAGCGGCAGGCGGCCAGCCAGGUGAUGCUGCCCCGCCAGAAGAGGGCCAACGCGGGGGAGGACGAGAGCAAGACGCCCCCCAGCCUGGAGAGGGAGUGUCUGCAGGAGAUCUGCAACUACGAGGAGGCCAGGGAGAUCUUCCAGGACGCCUACCGCACGGACAUCUUUUGGUCUGUCUACAUAGACGGAGAUCAGUGUGCGGAGCAGCCCUGUAAGAACGGAGCCAUGUGUUCCGACAGUGUGGGCGGGUACGACUGCGUCUGCAAGGCCGGCUUCUCUGGAGUCCACUGCGAGUCAGAUCAAACAGGGUGUGUGGUUGACGACAGUAAGGGCUGCAGUCAGUUCUGUAAGCCUGGCUACCAGUCAUACGAGUGCUCGUGUGCCCGUGGGUGGAAACUACAGCAGAGGGAGAAGUGUGUACCUGCUGCCACAUUCCCCUGUGGGAAGGUGGGUAGUCUGAGCCAGUGGGAGAAUCGUCAGUCCAGCAACAUCCGCAACGGAUACCAGGGCCUGGCCUGCAACGCAGAGGAGUGCCCUUGGCAGGCCUUGCUCAGGAACUCUGGGUCGGGUGGUUUCUGUAGUGGGGUGAUCCUGAAGGAGAAUCUGGUCCUGACCACGGCCGAGUGUGCCAGCAAACACAGUGACUUCCAGGUGUUAGUGGGUAAGCGUUUGACGUCGCAGGAGUCUGGCGAACAGACGAUGUACGUGAGGAACGUGCACACACACCCCCGCUACGUGGGCGGUCGAGCGGACUACGACCUGGCGCUCCUGGAGCUGAGGGACAAGAUGAUCUUCAGGAAGAGCGUGCUGGCCGCCUGCCUGCCCGAGAGGGACUUCGCCGACACCGUCCUGUUGGCCGGGAAGUACAUGGGCGUGGUCACUGGGUGGAGCCACGCCCCCGGAGCCACGGAGGUGACGGGACAGCUGACACUCAACCACCUCUCCUACGAGACGCUGGACAAGUGUGUGGAGAGAUUCAACGGCCAGGUGACCAAUAAGGUGGCGUGUUCAUUGCCGCGGGAGAAAGCGGACUGCGUGAUUGGUCCAGGCAGCCCGGUGCUCACGCUCUACAGGGAAGUGUUCUUCCUCACCGGAGUCAUCAGCCCCGCCCCUGAGCCUGGCUGUCGUCAAGGAUACGUCAUGCAGAAGGUGUCACGCUACAUGAACUGGCUCAAGCCAUUGGUGGACAGCCUGUAGAGGAGGCGGGGCCUGUAGAGGAGGCGGGGCUAGGCAGUGGGGGGGGUCGGAGGGGUUCAGCUGCUGUCUUUGACGGGGGUUGUAUAACACAAACACACACACAUACACACACACUCACAUAUACACACGCACACACUCACAUAUACACACACACUCACACACACAUGCUUACGCACACGCACACACACACACACACACACUCACAUACACACACACAUACACACACACACACACACACACACAUGCACAUACAGCCUCAAGUGCAAACAAACGACGCGCCAUCCCUACCAGACAAAAGUAAAUGGAUUAAUGAUGUAAAAAAACACAAUCCCUAGACUGAUCCCACUCCAGUCACGGCCACACACACACACACACACACACACACACACACACACACACA